CGGAGGCCACACAUACUUCAGCUUUUUAGAUUAUGCGUGUUAUUACUCUCAGUGUUGCCUAUUAAUUAUCAAUCUCUCAAAACAUCAUUAAUUGCAAUUAUACUUAGAAAAAUGUAUAAAAAUAUGUCAUUGUUACUUGAAAAAUGCAGCGACACUAGCGCACUGAUGAGAUUGUCGAGAAUUUGGCGAAUGGACUGUAAUUGAAAAGAGCGCGGGGGAGCGCGUGGUGCUCGCGCUGACGGUCUCGCGGGAGGCGGUCCAGAUUCAGUAUAACCAACAGGAUGGUUUAUGGCGCAGCUUCAGCACCAGGACCCUGGGACACGUCGCUGUGGGUCAGUGGACCCAUAUGGCGCUACAGGCCUUCGGCAGAGGAGAGACAGCAGAGAGAGAGGGGACCCGACCUGUCGUGCACCGGCGCCUUGGUACCAGCUCUCGGCCCGGGUCCAUGGCGUAAGCGCCAGCCUCUUCUUCAAUGGGCUGGAGGAGGACGGCACGGCGUUUGAUACUCAGACUCUGGAAGGACCCAUAGCGGACAUCGGGACUGGUACUGUUAUGCGGAUCGGACAGAGCACCGCUGGGAUGAAUCAAUUCGUUGGAUGGAUGCAGGAUUUCAGAUUUUAUCCGGUGACACUUACAAACAGAGAAAUUGUAGAGGUGUUCUCUGGCCAUCUGCCACACCUUCAUACCCAUCCAGAGUGCCGCUGCCCCCCUAGUCAUCCCAGAGUGCACCCCCUGGUGGAAAGGUACUGCAUCCCCAACCACGUGGAGGACACCACUGAUAAUCGGGUCCUGAGGCUCAGCCGUGAUGCCCACCCCCUCCACUACAUCAACGACAAUGACAUCGGGACUAGCUGGAUCUCAUCCGUGUUCACCAGUCUGGACCAGCUUGAUGAGGGUAUCAGCAUCACCUUUGAUCUGCAAACCGGGGAGUACCAGGUUUUCUAUGUCAUUCUGCAGUUCCUCGGCCCGCAGCCCGAAUCGGUGAGGAUUCAGAGGAGGACGAGCAGCGACUCGGCUUGGCGAGACUGGCAGUACUUGGCCAGGGACUGCGCCAUCUUUGGGAUGGAGAACAGCGGCCCGCUAGCCUGGCCGGAUUCUGUCAACUGCCUGCAGUUCCCCCAAGAUGUCCCCUUCUCUCACGGGAACGUCACGUUCAGCGUGCUGACGCCAGAGCCCAACCCGCGGCCGGGCUACAGCAACUUCUACAACACGCUGGCCCUGCGCAAGUUCGUCAUGGCCUCCCAGGUCAGGGUCCAUCUCCAGGGCCAGUUCCACACACGGGAGCCCCACGUACCCGUGCGGCACAGGUACUACGGGGUGCACGAGAUCACCAUCAGCGGCAGGUGUAACUGUCACGGCUACGCGGACCGCUGUGACACAGGCCGCAGCCCCUACCGCUGCCUCUGCCUUCCAGAGAGCCACACGGAAGGAGAUAACUGUGAACGCUGCAAGCCUCUCUUCAACGACAAGCCCUUCAGAAGAGGAAACCAGGUUCAAGCCUAUAACUGCCGGCCAUGCCAGUGUCACAGCCAUGCGGAUUCCUGUCACUACGAUAGUGCCCUGGACCCUGUCCCUGGAGAACACUUCCGUGGUGGAGGUGGAGUCUGUAACAACUGUCGGCACAAUACCACAGGAAGGAACUGUGAAUUGUGCCGGAACACCUUCUAUAGAGAGGUUAACAGUAUCCUGUGGAUGGAGAAUGUGUGUAAACCCUGCGACUGCCUGCAAGCAGGAACUGUCAGCGGCAGCCAGGCCUGUGAUCCGAUCGGGGGCCAGUGUAAGUGCAAGCGACACGUGUCUGGCAGGCAGUGCAAUCAGUGCCAGGCCGGAUUCUACGAGCUGCGGCCCUCGCACCUUGACGGCUGCCGUGCCUGUAACUGUAAUACCGCCGGGACCAUGCGAGCAGAUAUUACCUGUCACCAGGACUCAGGUCAAUGCCACUGCAAGGCGAACGUAAUCGGUCUUACCUGCGACCGCUGCAACUUUGGCUUCAAGUUCCUCAACAGCUCCAACCCAGUGGGCUGCGUUCCCUGCAGCUGCAACCUGAACGGGUCUCUGCACCCGUCUUGCGACCCCUCCCUGGGCCAGUGCGAGUGCAGGCCGCUAGUCCGAGGGCUUCUGUGUGACGCCUGUGCCCCGGGCUCCUUCGGACUGAGCAUCACUGGCACCUGUCGGCCAUGCGACUGCCACCCCGCUGGGACAGUCCUGGGGAGCACCUGUGAUCCAGCGACUGGGCAGUGCGUGUGUAAGCCCCGUGUGGGUGGGCGAAGGUGCGACGCCUGCCGGGACGGAUUCCACGGCCUGGACCCUGACGACCCUCUGGGCUGCCUGCCCUGCCAGUGUGACCCCAGAGGGACGGUCAAUAGCAGCAGUGUCUGUGACAAGGCUGCCGGUCAGUGUCCUUGUAAGGCCGGGAUCCAGGGCCCAGGGUGCACCCACUGCUCCCCCCACCACUAUAACCUGAGCACUGCACUUGAGUUCCUGGGCUGUGGGCCAUGCUGGUGCGACCCCACAGGCAUUGUGCUGGGCACGGUGUGCGACGCAGUCAGCGGCCAGUGCGUCUGUCAGCCUUCCCGCCACGGACAGGACUGCUCCACCUGUAGACCAGGGUUCUUCCGGUCGCCCCUGGGAGCCAGCGGGUGCUGGGAGUGCGAGUGUCACCCGGCGGGGGCUCUCAGCCCGGCCUGCGAGGCGGAGACGGGCCAGUGCGCCUGCCGGCACCCCUCAGUUGCCGGCCGCAGGUGUGACCAGUGUGAGGAGCGGUACCGUGGUUUCGACCCUGUUGCUGGCAGGUGUGAAGAGUGCGGCUGCGAUCCCGCAGGCAGCUUGAAUGGCACCUGCCACCCCGAGUCGGGACGGUGCCACUGCAAGGCCUUCGUGCAUGGGGACAGGUGUGACACCUGUGCUACGGGGGCCAGUCACAUGGACGCCAGCAACCAGCUGGGCUGCAGUAAAUCUCCGUCUCAGCAGCCGCCCCCUACAGGCCAAGUCUUGAACGCAAGUGCCAUCCAGCUGACCUGGAGCCCCCCCGACUCCCCAAAUAGCAACAUGCUGAAAUAUGCCCUCUUGCGGGACUCACACGAGGUUGCCACUCUCCAUGCCCACCACCCAUUCGAACCCCAGGUCUUCGUAGACACCGGCCUGUCCCCGUAUACCAUGUACUCGUAUCAGCUGGUGACCAGCAACGUCCGUGGCCACACAAGCAGCGCACGGGUCAGCUACCGCACUCUGGCCGGCAUCCCCCAACCUGAGGAUCUCAGCCUGCAUCUCAUGGGCAAGGCCACGCCCAUCAGUGCCACCUUCAACUGGACACGUCCUCGGCACGCCGUCGGUCCAGUGGAAGGCUACGUGCUGAGCGCCGUUGCCAUGGGUGAUCAGGAGGAGCGGGUCCACUACUCUGGGCUUGGUACUGAAGCCACGGCGAGUGGCCUGAGUCCCUUCACCCGCUAUAAUUUCAGCUUGCGGGCCUGCACCAGUGCUGGCUGCACCCAGAGCAAGCCAUUGGGUCUGAUUACCCCCCAGGCAGCACCCCAGCUUCAACCUGCACCGCGGGUCAGCACCAGUGGGCUGACUCGACUCUCAGUGGCCUGGGACCCCCCAGCACAGCCCAAUGGUGUAAUAAUCAGGUACGAGCUCUUCAUGUGCGGACCUAUGGAGUUCCAGGACCAUGGUGCCACCCCCAUCCCAGAACAGAGGGUUUUCUCCAGCAGUGGAUGGCUCAGUCCACAGUCAACCCCGGGUGCGAGCAACAAGGAUGCCCUGACCCCAGCGCAGAGCAGCAUCACCGUAGUGGACCUGGAGCCCUUCUCCACAUAUCAGUUCAGGGUGCUGUCAGCCAACAUGGCGGGUAGCACGCUCUCCGAAUGGGCGACUGGGAAGACGGAAGAGGGGGAGCCACGGCACAUGCCUACACCUCGGGUAAUUCCCAUCUCCCCCUCCUCGCUGACGGUCAGCUGGGAAGCGCCCAGCAGCAGGGACGCCAGGGGCAAGGUCACCAAGUACGCGGUCCGCCUGCACCGGGAGCAGACCUUGCACCGGUCCGCGCCGCCUGUCAUCUCCACGGUUCUCCGCACCCUGUCCCCAGAGGAGCGGGAGUACACCGUUGAGGGCCUGAGGCCCUACUCAGAGUACAGCUUCACGGUGGAGCUGUGCAACAGGCUGGGCUGUGUGGCCAGCCCCCCUGUGACGGGACGCACGUUGCCAGCCGCUCCAGCAGGAUUAAGUCCUCCUAAAUUAAAGGGAUUGAACGUGUCAGUGAUGGAGGUGUCCUGGGAGCCGCCGCGAGACCUGAACGGGCCCCCCCCUCUCUAUCAGGUGGAGAGGCUGGACCCGUCGCUCUCCGACCCACACUCGCCCGUCGCACACGGCACCCGGUUCCCGGGCCAUGGCUACAUUCUGUUCCCCAACUCUACGCUCCCACACGACACCUACUUCACAGGCAUCCAGCUGAGCUUCCGCACGCGAGCGGAAGAGGGUCUCAUCCUAUGUGCACUUUCACCCGGCGACCAGGAUGAGUAUGUGGCCCUGCAGAUCCACAGUGGCCGCCCUUUCUUCCUCUUUGAUCCACAGGCCUCUGCCACGGUGGUCAGCCCUGAGGAUGACGGAGGGAGGCGCUAUAAUGACGGCCAGUGGCAUCAUGUGAUUGCCACGAGAAUGCAGGCCGUGGGAACGAUCACCGUGGAUGGCCAGUACCGGGGGUCUUCCUCAGCUACAAGUGGCCGCACCAUUAUUGGGGAGAACACGGGGGUCUUUAUAGGUGGACUUCCUGAAACAUUCAUUCUUCUUAGGGAAGAUGCAGGGGACGGCCGGCUGGUGCGGCAGGGCUUCUCGGGCUGCCUGAGGGACGUGCUGAUAAAGACGAGCGACAGCCCCUCAGAGGUGUGGCAGCCGCUGGCCUGGGGCGCAGCACUGGAAAGCAUGCAGGCCUACCAGAGCUGGGAGGGCUGUCCUGUCCACACGGAGGAGGGUGCACACUUUUUGGGGCAAGGUUUUCUGGAGCUGAGGCCUUCCAUGUUCUCAGCAGGAGACAGUUUUGAGGUUUCUUUUGAGUUCAAGACGGACCAGCUGAAUGCACUGCUGCUGUUUGCAAGUGACACAGAGGGGGAUGACUAUAUACUGGCUGAGCUGCAGGACGGAAGCCUCCAGUGGACGCUGCGCUGGGGUGGGCGGGAGACCCAGCUUCAGCUGUGGGCAGGCCUGUCUUACUGCGAUGGGAGCUGGAAUAGUGUCUCUUUGCUCAAGAGGGGCGCCUGGGUGUCGGCCUCCAUGAACGAGUUGUCCGAACAGCGGCCCGGGGCUGCUGGCGAGGGGCCCCUCAGGGUCAACGCUACCCUCUACCUCGGGGGUGUCCCAGAUGGCGCCAGCAUCAAGGCCCUCCCCCACCUCAGCCUCCUGCAUGGUUUCGGCGGCUGUAUACGGGCCGUGCGGCUCGCGCGUGGGGCUGUCGUGGACCUGGCUGCUGCCUCCAGCCGCGCUGUCAGAGUCAAUCUGGACGGAUGCCCGUCAGCCGAUACGGCGGUUAACUGCAGGGGAAACGACUCCAUCCUGGUGUACACAGGCAGGGAGAGGCGGGCAGAGGACCAGACAGUGCAACCCUUCACAGAAUAUCUGUACAGGGUGCUGGCGCUGGGGGAGGUAGGCUGGACGUCCGGGUCGUGGGAGCGAGGCCGUAGUCUGGAGGCAGCUCCGCAAAGUAUGCUGCCUCCCUCUAGAGUUGUCUGUGUAAAUGGUUACAGCGCCGAGGUGAGCUGGGACGAGCCCACCGAGGUCAGGGGUGUAAUUGAGAAGUACAUCGUGAAAGCGUACAAUCGGGACGAUCCCAUGGCGGCCCCCGUCAGCGCCGCCUUCCCGCACGCCGAGCGCCGGACCGGAACCCUGAGCGGCCUGGCCCCUUUCACCAGCUACACAGUAACUGUCACGGCGUGUACCCGGGCCGGCUGCGCAGAGAGCGCCAGCGGGGGCUGGAACAUCAGCACUCCACAGGAGGCUCCCGAAGGUGUCAAGCCCCCCAAGGCCGUCGCGUACCCCACCUCUCUGUGGCUGUCCUGGGACCCUCCUCAAAAGGCCAAUGGGAUCAUCAGGGAAUACCUGCUGUAUAAGGACGGCUCCCCCAUCUACCAGGGCGACAGCACUGAGUUCAACAUCACAGGUCUGGAAGUGUACAGCCCCCACUGGCUACGCCUGACCGCCUGCACCUCCUCGGGCUGCUCCAACAGCUCCACGGUCACCCAGUUCACUGCCCAGAUGCCUCCUUCUCACAUGGACCCACCCCUCCUCACGCCAUUGGACUCCCGCAGCAUCCACGUGCAGUGGACAGCGCCUUCGGAGGUAAACGGGGUGCUGGAGUACUACGCCCUCUACGUGUCCACACCGGGAGUGGAGCCGCUAGUCGCAUAUAACAGCUCCGAGCUCUUUGAGGACCACACUCUGUAUGGCCUUGUCCCAGGCACUACCUACACCUUCCAGAUAGCAGCAUGCACAGGGGGUGGCUGCACUGUGAGCUCUCACAGCGUGGCACAUACAGAUGAGAGCGCCCCCGAGAAUGUCCCCACCCCUUCGGUCGUGUCCCUCUCCCCGGACUCCUUCGACGUCUCCUGGCCCCUCCCUUCGGCGCCCAAUGGUGUGAUCACCAGCUACAGGCUGUGGAUGAACGGGGUGCUGGUGCAGGACUCGCUGUCCCAGCACUUCUGGGUGGGGAACCUGUCUGCCUGGAGCCUGCACAGCUUCCGCGUGCAGGCCUGCACCGCUAAAGGCUGCGCCUUGGGGCCCCCGGUGGAGAUGCGCACACUGGAGGCGGCCCCCGUUGGCCCCAUGGACCUGGAGAUCCAUGCAGGGGGGCCGCAGUUGGCAAGAGCCAGGUGGACGGGCCCAACCAGGCCCAAUGGGAACCUGACCUACACUGUGCUGUUUAAGGGGAUUUUCUACCAGGACUCCGCAGAAAACUCUUCAGUGGUAGAAGACACGCGACCUCUGCAUGCCAGCACUGAAGCCGGCCGCUGGUCGACUAUCGUAGGCCUGCUCCCUUUCUCCAGCUACACUGUGUGGGUAAAUGCCAGUAAUAGUCAGGGCUGGGUGGUCAGUCCUCCCACUGCCAUCACACUGCCCCCUGGAGCUCCAGAUGGCGUCCGGCCCCCCAGGCUGGCAGCCGCCGGCCCCGCCAGCCUGCACGUCGCCUGGUCGGCACCCGUGCGCAGCAAUGCCCCAGGGCCGCUGCUUUAUCAGCUGCAGAUGAAGCCCACGGAGGAUCAGCGUAUCCGGCUUCUAUUGGAGAACGAGACGACCACCUUCAGUUACACAGCAGAAGGACUUCAGCCUUACACAGAAUACCAGUUCAGGCUUGUGGUGUCCCACAGCCACGGGCGGACAGCCAGCGACUGGGCCGCCUUCAUCACCGCCCAGGACCGUCCCGGGCCUGUCAGUGCCCUCGCGGUGUCCGGCAUCCAAUCGCGCACCGCCACUGUCUCCUGGCAGCCUCCGUCCCGAACCAAUGGUGUCAUCACCAAGUACAAAGUUUACGCCAACUCCCAGCUCCAAGCCAUCGUCCCCAGCAGCAGCACGAGCUACACCAUCUUCCCACUGGAGCCGUACAUGGAGUACACCUUCCGGGUGGAGGCGUGCAGCGAAGCAGGUUGCUCCCCCGCUGCUCCCACGAAAAGACUUCGCACAGCCCCGGCGCCCCCUGAGGACAUACCGCCCCCCAGGCUCUUCUCGGACACGCCCACCUCCGUUCUGCUGUCCUGGGAGCGGCCGCAGCGGCCUAAUGGCGAGCUGGAGCAAUAUGUGGUGGAGCGGCGGCUGAGCGGUGACCAGGAGGUGUCCGCCGUGGCCACGGUGCCGGCUGACCGCCCCCUCAGCUUUCUGGACAACUCGGGCACCCUGAGUCCCUGGACCAGCUACGAGUACCGUGUGGUGGCCAGUACAUCGCAGGGGGGCUCCAACAGCAGUACCUGGAGCCAGGUCACCACCAGGCCCUCUAGGCCUGCGGGCCUGCAGGCCCCCAAAGCCCUGGUUCUGGGCCCCGACUCCAUCCAGGUCUCCUGGAGCACCCCCCUCAUCUCUAACGGUAACAUCGAGAGCUACGAGAUCCGUCUGUUGGACCGGCGAGUCCCCCAUACCAACACGUCCAGCCUCGUGUGCACCGUCGCUGACCUGCUCCCUUACACCAACUACAGUGUCACCGUCCUCGCCUGCUCUGGAGGGGGGGGGCACGUCGGCGGGUGCACCGAAAGCCCGGCCUCCCACGUGACCACACCCCCCGCGGCCCCAGGGGGUCUGGGGCGGCUGUCGGUCACCGUGGUCAGCGAGUCCCUGCUGGUGGCGUCCUGGCCGCCGCCCACCAGACCAAACGGACCCAACGUGAGAUACGAGCUGCUGAGACGGAAAAGCCAGCAGCCCCUGGCUUCUCUUCCCCCUGAAGAUUUGAAUCGCUGGUACAAUGUUUACGCAGGAGCCAAAUUGUUUCAUGAAGAUAAAGGCCUUAGCAGGUUCACGACAUACCAGUACAAGCUGCUGGUGCACAAUGACGCUGGCUUCACCACCGGGGAACCCGUUACGGCCACCACCAUGGCAGGGGUCCCCUUUGUUCCUACCAGCGUUUCUGUGCAGGCCCUCAACCACACUGCUGUAGAGGUCAACUGGACAACUCCGUCUCUUCAGGACUUACAAGGAGAAGUGGAGCUGUACACACUGUGGAUCAACUCCUCCCAGCUCACCCGCUCGGUCUCUUUCCCCCCCGGCUCCUUCUCUGCUGUGGUGGGAGAGCUGCAGCCCAACACCGAGUACCACCUCUCCCUUCAUGUCUCCAACGGGGCCCAUGUCAUCGCCGGGCCUGCAGCCUCUUGCAGAACCGCCGACGGAGAACCGGAGGGUGUCCUCCCUCCCGAAGUGGUGACCAUAAACAGCACCGCUGUCCGAGUGCUCUGGGUCUCGCCCCUCUCUCCCAACGGCGUGGUCACCGAGUACUCAGUCUACCUGGAUGGCCAGGUCCACAGGACCGGCAGCAGCACGCCCGGGUACCUCGAGCUGGGGGGGCUGCAGCCAUUCACCGUCCACGACAUCCAGGUGGAGGUUUGCACCGUGUAUGCCUGCAUGAGGAGCAACAGCACCAAGGUGACCACCGUAGAAGACCAGCCGGCCGAUAUUCCUGCACCUGGAAUCAGGGAUGUCGGCGCACGCUCUGUACAGCUGUCCUGGACGCAUCCCCGCCACCCAAACGGCAUCCUGCUCGGGUACGAGGUACGCCGCCGCCCCCUGCUGCCCUGCACCGGGUUGCGGGAAGGAGCGGGCGAUAAGGGAGGACGCUGCUCCUACUUGGAGUGCUUGGCCGGUGAGGACGUCUGUGGCACCUCCUGCUUCCUGCCAGAGCUGGAGGUUUGCUGUGCCGGCAAAGUGUACAGGCACAUGCCCACCCACCAAUGCUGUGAGGACCAGUACGUUCCAGCCCACAGCGCCCCACAGAGCAUUUGCUGUGGCGGGCAGCUUUUACUGCCACUGCCUGGCCACCAGUGCUGCAGUGGAUACUACGUCCCAGUCCUUCCAGGCGAGGUCUGCUGCCCCGAUACCAAGGAGCUGCGUGUUGCCGUGGGGCCAGGGGAUGCCUGCUGUGGCGGUCGGCCAUUCUCCUCCACUGCCGGGCAGCUCUGCUGCGGCGAGGAGCUCCAUGACGGCUACGGGUCGCAGUGCUGCGGGGGGUGGGUCCUGGGCGAUCACAUGGUCUGCUGUGGAGACAGCGAGAGUGGGACAGCACACAUCCCUAUGCACGGUCUGGCCUGCUGCGGCGAGCAGUACCUGAACAUGUCCGGCGGCGUGUGCUGCGGAGGCCGAGCCCACAUGGCGGGGAACGGGAAGCUGGCUGUGAGGUGCUGUGGGUCGGGGGUCGUCCCACAGGGAGAGGAGUGCUGCAAUGGUGUAGGCUACGACCCGCUGGAGUACGUGUGUGCGGACAGGACACCACCCGGCCUGCAUGCCCCGCAGACGGAUUGCCGCCCCUCCGCUCUCUGUCCCCUCUCCGCCGCCGACACAGCUUACUGCGGCACCUGUGACCUCGACCCGGCAGUGUCAACGUGUGCCCUGGUGUCAGCGGAGCUCUCUGCCUACCCUCCGCCCGCCCCCUCGCCGCCAGUCCCCCUGCCGCCUUCUCACGAGCUCUGCCCGUCCAUAGAGGAGGUCGUGUACAGUGGAGGUGUGGACAGAUAUGCGCUCACAGACACAGGGCUGAAGCCCUUUACCCAGUACGAGUACAGAGUGGGCACCUGGAACAGCUUUGGUUGGGGCUACAGCGCCGUCACCCAGCUCACCACCGCGGAGGACGUCCCCUGGGGAGUGAGCGCCCCCCGAUGGUCCCGUGCAGGGGAGCAUAGCAAUGCCAUCCUGCUGGAGUGGCAGGAACCCACAAAGCCUAAUGGUCAGAUUGUGAGUUACGCAGUACUGCGGGACGGACAGGAGCGCUACAGGGGCAUGGAUCUCAGCUUCACCGACAUGGGGGAGGUUCAUCCCUUCCAGGAGUAUGAAUACCAGCUGAGGGCCUGCACUACCGCAGGCUGUACCGACAGCAGCAAGGUAGCGCUGGUAACUGUCCAGGGAGUUCCAGAAAACGUCCCGGCGCCCACGGUGAGCGCCACGGGGCCCCGGGCCCUGCGGCUGAGCUGGACCACGCCGAGCAGGCCUAACGGCGUCAUCCGCGAGUACCGCAUUGACCAGAUCGGAGCUGGGAUCGUCUUCACCAGUGGAGCCGGAGCCAGAGGACACAACAUCACAGGUCUGCGGGCCCACACCAACUACAGCUUUGUGCUGCUCGCCUGCACGGCAGCCGGCUGCGGAGCAAGUCAGCCAUCUACGGGCCGAACGCUGCAAGACGCCCCGGCAGGAGUGUGGGCCCGACCCCAUCACUUGGUACUGAAUUCCUCUGCGGUGGAGCUACACUGGAGCGAGCCUCAGGAGCCCAAUGGUUGGGUGUUUUGGUAUCGGCUGCUGAGGGAUGGAGCGCAAAUCUUCUCCGGCGACGGCGGGAGUCGCAGCUACACAGACGCCGGCCUCCAGCCCGGCAGCAGGUAUUCAUACGAACUGGAGGCCAGCACUGAGGGAGGAAGCAACCUCAGCAACAUGUAUGUCAUUCACACCCCUGCUUCGCCCCCAGAGAAGAUCCCGGCGCCAUAUAAUGUCACCAUUAGGGGCCCCCGCUCCGUCUAUGUCGCCUGGACACCCCCAGAGAUUUUCAGCGACAGCCUGCCUCUGGAGUAUAACAUCCUGCUGAACCCGAGCAGCGAGCGGGCGCUGAUCCGAGCUGCAGGGCGAGGCCAAGCUCUGGAGCUGGAGGGUCUCGAGCCGUUCACAGACUAUGAAGUCCGAGUGCAGGCCUGUCAGGAAGGUGGGUGCGGCGUGGGAGACAAGGCCCACUUUCGGACAUCCGAAGCUCCGCCGGAGGACUUGGACCCCCCUGUGGUGACAGCUACGGGUCCCACUGUCAUCGAGGUGCACUGGCGCCCUCCACACAAGCCCAACGGCGUCAUUAACACUUACUACAUACACCGGAGGCCUGUCAGCACACAGGAAGAGCUGCUGGUCUUCAUCUGGUCAGAGGGCCCUCUGCAGUUCAUAGAUGCCUCUGAGAUCCUGCGGCCCUUCAGCGAGUAUGAGUACCACCUGAAAGCCUUCAAUUCCCUAGGUUCCACCCAGUGUGGGUGGAGCCCUGUGCGCUCCAUGGAAGCCGAGCCAGAAGGCGUGACCCCACCCAUCAUCAGGCCCACCGGCGCCUACUCUGUCCAGCUCAGCUGGACUCCACCCCGGUUCCCGAACGGCGUCAUCACGGCAUACAGGGUGUUCUACCAGAAACACCAAGAGGACCCUACGCUGAAUGCCACCUCUGUGACCGCUCUCACUGUGCCGGGCAGCGAGCUGGAGGCCCACCUGUUUGGCCUGGACCCCUACACCAGCUACAGCAUCUGUGUGGUAGCCGUAAACACCGCGGGAAGCCGCUCCAGCCCCUGGGUUUCGACGCACACCCUGGAGGCUUCGCCUGGCGGCCUGGCUAACUUAACCGUGGAACAGCGCGAGGACGGACGCGCCCUGCUGCUGCACUGGGCCGAGCCAAGCUCACCCAACGGGGUGAUCAAGAUAUAUAACAUCUAUAGUGAGGGCAGUCUGGAGUUCAGCGGUUUGUCCCGUCAGUUCCUCUUCCGUCGCCUGGAGCCCCACACUCUCUACACCCUGGUGCUUGAGGCCUGCACCGAGGCAGGCUGCUCCAAAACAGCCCCACAGCCCGUCACCACGGUGGAGGCCCUGCCCUCCUCCCAGCCCCCGCCCAUAGCCCAGUGGGUGGGGUCAAGCAGCGUGGUGCUCAGCUGGUCUCCCCCAGUUCGAUCAAAUGGCAAGAUUUCCCAGUACCAGGUUAUGGGCCUGAGGUGGCCGGCUGAGGAAGAUGCCCCUGGGAAUGUACUGUUUACAGAGAACAAGACCAAGGCCCACGCUUUCUCCCACAACGUUACCGGUCUGCAGCCCUGGACAACGUACAAGUUCUGGGUACGGGUGAGGAACGGGGCCGGCCAUCUUGAUAGCCCCCAUGUGACGGUGCAGACCAAACAAGCGCCUCCGGAAGGGUUCGAGGCACCCAUUGUCACCCACCUGGAGGGAAACCCGAAUGCGGUGGUGGUGUCAUGGAUGCCCCCCAGGGAGACCAACGGGGUCCUCUUAUCCUACCGGAUCCAUAGAGACGACUCCAGCUUCCUCUUCAGCUUGGACUCCAGUGUCCUGAACUUCACAGAUGAGGGUGUAAUGGCGUACACCAUGUACAGCUAUGCUGUGACUGCCUGUACUGCAGCAGGCUGUGUCACUAGCCCCGCAACGAAAAUCAGGACAUUAGAGGCACCCCCCGCUGUGGUAGAGCCACCAGUAGUGACUGAUAUCUCCACACAACACUUCAAUGUGUCCUGGACCAGACCACCGAUCCACAAUGGGGAGAUCACGCAUUACUCCCUGGAGUUAGACGGUGUGGAGUUCUACAGAGGGAAGAAGCUGUAUGCGUUGGCUUCGGGCCUCCAGCCGUACACAAGUUACCUGCUAGUCCUCAUCGCCUGCACGAACGGCGGCUGCACGUCCAGCUCGCCAGUGGCAGUCCGUACGGUAGAGGCUCCGCCCACUGGCCUGCACGCGCCGACCCUGAGGGUCACAGGCUCCGAGUCAGUGGAGGUCACCUGGGGAGAACCUGAGCACCCAAACGGGGUCAUCUCCGCUUAUGAGCUCAGAAGAGAUGGGCUGCUCAUAUACGCCGGCAUGGCAACUCACUUCCACGACUUCACCCUGCUGCCUAAUGUGGAGUACAGCUACACUGUCUUUGCCAAAAACAGCCAGGGGAGCACCAGCAGCUCACUUGCCACGGCCAGGACCAACCCAUCCGCACCAUCGGGCAUCAUGCCGCCAACUCUGCAGCCAUCCAGUUCAACCGACAUCCUCGUGGUCUGGGAACCCCCCAUCCGAGCCAAUGGGAACAUCGUCAACUACACCAUCUACUGUCGGGACCACGCCGAGUCCAGCCUCGAGAGCUUGGUCUUCUCUUCAGACCACAGUGCCUUCCUAAGUCGAUCUGUCAUGCUCUCAGACCUGAACCCAUAUUACAGAUACGAGGUUAGACUGGAGGUUUGUACUAUGCUGGGCUGCGCUUCUAGCGACUGGGUGGCUGUGCAGACCUUGGAGGCUCCCCCUGCUGGCCAGGUGGCACCAACGCUACAGCUGCAAAACGACGUGAAUGGACUGCAGACCACCUUCCUGCUCUCUUGGCCCCCACCCUCACAGCCCAAUGGGAAGAUUUUACACUUUGAGCUAUACAGGAGGCUGGUAGUAGACGGCAUCACCACCCCGCUGUCCACUCUGGUGUACAGGAACACCUCCACUUCAUAUCAUGACACCAAGCUCCAGCCCGACUCUGCCUACGAGUAUCAGGUGUGGGCAGUGAAUUCUGCAGGCCGUGCCGGAAGCCCAUGGGCCAGGGGACAGACUGGACCGGCUCCCCCUGAGGGUGUGCCCGCCCCAAGCUUCCUGCAGAUCCACGCCACAUCAGCGGUGGUGGAGAUCACCCCGCCCACCCAGCCGAACGGACCGGUUGGCCUUUACAGGGUGCUUGCUGAGAGUAAGGACGCACAGCUUCUGAUAUCUGAAGGCACAUCCCUCCGGCAAACGCUGCACGGCCUGCGCCCCUUUACACUGUACACUGUCAGGGUGGAGGUCUGCACCUGCCUCCAGUGCUGCAGCCAAGGCCCCCCCCGGGAGCUGGUCACCCAGCCAGCAGCCCCUGCCCAGCAGCUGCCGCCCCGCACCCUCGCCCUCAACUCACGCUCCACCCUAGUGGAGUGGGAUGAGCCCCUCUCACCUAAUGGUGUCAUCGAGAGCUGCGAGGUGCACACCCGUACCUCCUGUCCGCAGCCCUUCCAGCCGGUGCCCUCCCCUUGCACCCCGGGCACCUGGGAGAUCAGCUACUUCGGUAGCGAGUGGAGCUUCAACCUCACGGGCCUGCGGCCGUACAGCAGCUAUGACGUGCGCGUGACGUGCUACAACAACGUGGGCAGCACCGCUUCCAAGUGGGCAUCCUUCACCACGCUGAAAGAGUUGCCGCAGUACCUGGCUCCCUUCCUGGUGACCAGCAAUCUGACCAUGAUGUUCCUGGACUGGGGGAGCUCCUUCGCUCUCAACAGCCUUCUGAGGGACUUUGUGCUGAUGGAGAACAGGCUUCGCAUCUACAGUGGCUUCCACAGCUCACUGCACAUCCCUCGAACCUCUGACAAAACCUUCUUUUUCCGGGUCACCUGCAACACGGACACUGGCAGUGCCAGCAGUCCCAUCGUGACAUACAGCACAGCCACUGGCGUCGCCCCUGUGGACCCCACCCCCGUGGGGAAGACUGGCACGCAGGACUCCCGGCUGGACUUCCACACGGAGAUAUGGUUCAUCAUCCUCAUGGUGGUCCUGAGCCUGCUCUUGCUCGCUCUGCUGCUGGGCCUGCUCCUGCAGAGAGCCCUCAGCAAGCCCCCCUUCGUCCGUGAGCGCCCCCCGCUGCUGCCCCUGCAGAAGAGGAGCUCCAUGGGCGUCUAUCCCCCUUCAGAUACUUACACGCCCCACACCACGCCUGAGCCCAUGGACACGUUCAGCACUGUCACCCUAAAAGCCUUCUCCAUGCGCGUAGAGGGUCUGACUGAAACCAGGACGGUCUGCGGUGGAUCUUACUCCAGCUGCCACGGUUCACAGAUCACCUCCGUGCUCCGCACGCCAGACCCCAGCCACCUGAGACACACCUGCUCCCAAAACUCGCUGCACCUCAGCGGAUGCCAGGUCAUCAACACCCACGACAAGAAGUCUCUGCUGGAGGAGGGACUGUGGGACCCUGGGGAGCAGGGCCAUGACAGUGGCACGUUUGCGGAAGAUGAGGAUCUCAUGGAUACAGUCAAGGGCAUCAGCACAGUGAGGAAGGGGCAGACCACCUUCACGGACACACGCCUGUAGCUGCAGUCAGAGGUCCAUCCUUCUUCGCUCCAUGCUGGUCUCGGCGAACACCUUUCAUGAGAACCAAAGUGUGAACCGUUUGUAUGUAUCCGGCUCCCCCCCCAAGUCAAAAAGCAACUUUUAGCCAUCCGUGUCUCAGAAGCUGAGGGGGCUUUCAGACCCAACAAAUAAGAUUUUACUAAAAUAUGGCACUUACAAAGCGCACGAUCAGGGUCAUGAACCAGCUCCUUAUCUUAAUGUUUUGUUGAAUAUAUAGAAUAAAUAUUAAGGUUGUCACAAACCUACGUGCUGCUGUGUAACUUAAAUAGCAGUAGGGCUCAGAUAGCAAGUAGUGGAAAUAGAAGAUGAUGCAAAAUUCCUUUUUUUUAAAUCUUCAAUCAGUAUUAUUUAGAGCAUGAUUAUGGCAAGUUUUCCCGCCUGAAAUGGGCAGUGCUUUUUUGUCCCUGCGAUGCUUUAAGACCUCUGACAGUGAUUAAUGCAUGCCACCGUUCAUUAGGCAGCAGACAAGCGCUAGAUGCGGCGGGGAAGGUAGGUCGCAUGACGGAGGCUUCCUGACAAAAGCCUGCUCGCCUUUAUCCGGAGCUAACGCUAAUUAGUGGUUAGCGCUGCUGGAGACAGGCCAGCUGUUAGUGUCAACACUUAAUAAUCUGUAUUUUUUAAGUCUUUCAGGAGUUCUGGUGAUAUUCAUACAAAAUACUGUUGUAGUAUCUUUGCUUAUUCCCUUUUCAAGUGAAUUAAAAUGACCAAGUAAUUGCUUCUUACAUCACUAACAAAUGUUUUAAGUGUGGCAUUUCCGAAACAUUCUCCCCCUUCUUUGAUGUGGCAUUCCAAGCUCUCUCAGGUCAAAUGUAUGACGAUGUCAGCUAAAGUGGUAACCUUGGCAACAGGGACAGCAUUCUGUUAAGCUAUAUGUAAACCGCACUGUACAUAUAUAUGCUCGACUCUUUUGUAUGUUAGUUUUUUUUUUUUUAGAUCUCUUCUAUAUAGUGUCUUUAUAACCUAAAAUCCAUGUCUUUUAUAAUAAUAAAUUCAUUGCGUUAAAUUAGAGACACUUUUGCAUCUGUAAAAAAUGUUUAUAAAAAAACUAAAAAAAACUGCAUUUGACAGUGUUUAGUGUAGUAUGGCAAGAAGUAUCACUUUCUGCUUCGGAGAAAAACACGGGAAGCCAUCUUGCAGGUUAGCUGUUUUAUUCUGUCAGUAGAGGCUAAUGACACAGCUGCUGGCUGUCGGGCAGCUUCAGGUACCAGCUUGAUCCCGGUUUGAACUGUACCGCAACAUUAAACACACAUAAUCCAGCAUUGGAGCAUCCCCCCUGCCCAUCGCUAAUGACAGCACCCAGUCUCUAUAGUUACUGAGGAGAGACACCAACAGUCGAGUUGC